CUUGCCUUCUCCAGACAAACAUAUACUCUUCGGGAUGCAUUUACUGCCACCCUGCAAAGAAGAGGAAAGAAAGCAAUGUAUCAGCUGACAAGAAGCCUCAAGGACAUGAGAUGCAGCAAUACCAGCUGCUCUCACAAGCACCCCCCCGGCUGUGCUGACGACACCUCGGACGUGGGCUUGGCCCUCGUCGAGCCUCGAUGGCCGCCGCUGCGAAGCGCCUCAGGCGCCUGCGAGUCCAGGCGGAAGCGGAAGCGGAACGAGAGGGUGCAGAACACAGCCCUGCACCUCUCACCGGAAGUGAAGAUCACCCACUGA